AUGGCCACUGGUAUAUCUCCCCCGCCGCCGUUCCUCGAGACUCCGGGCACGCCAGCGAUUCCUUGGCACCGCUGGUUCCGGUUGUUCCAGAACUUCGUGCUCGCGUCUGGCGCCGACGAGUGGCCAGCAACCCGCCGUCGCGCGCUCCUGCUUCACUGCCUGGGCCCCGAGGGCCAACGGAUUUUCAACGCCUUGCCGGCACCGCCCCCACCCCAGCCGCCACUUUCAACUGAAGCCACGGUCAGCGAGUCGACGGAAAAACAGACGUCCGCGCACACCGCUGCCGCAAGCCCUCCGGACCCAUACGACGUUGCGGUCGACACACUGGCACACUACUUCACCGCCACCGUCAACGUCCGAGUGGAACGUCAUCAUUUUCGUGAACGUCGACAGCUUUCCGGUGAGUCGGUUGCCGAAUUUGCUUUGGCGCUCCGGGAACUGGCAGCCCUGUGUAAUUUCGCCGCUACCGUAGAUGAUAACUUGUGCGAACAGUUCGUUGCCGAAGUAACUUGCCCGCAACUCAGAGAACGACUGCUCCUCGAAGGCGUCGCAUUGACAUUCGACCGAGCGGUAGAAAUUGCCAAACUUCGCGAACAAACUCACCAAGAAGCUAAAGCCUUCGCGAACCCGAUUCGCCGCAUCACGCAGUGCCAACGCGGACGCAACCCGGCUAGGCAUGAUAGCCCCCGAUAUCGCUUCAACGGGUCCCGCCCCCCUAGUCAGCAUCGUCGUAGCUCGUCGCGCACUCGCCAAAACUACAAGCCCAAGCCGGAAACUGCCGCUGCCGACCCCCUGCACGCCGUAUCUUGUGAUAACUGCAAUAACUGCGGCGCAACAGGAUGCGAACGGUCGCGCUGUCCCGCCCGCGGCCGCACCUGUUAUGGUUGCGGACGCCGCGGACACUUCCAGAGCGUGUGUCGGAGCUCGCGUCGCGGCCAACCACGAAGGCCUGCACCAGUCCGCGAACUCCUCUGCGACGAUGACGCUGAGAGCGGUCACAGUAUUUUGACCAUCUGCACAAACAAACGCAGAGGCCUGUAUGUUGACGUCGACGUGUCGGUGAUUAACCCGAAGCCGCUCACGCGCAAAGUCUCGUUUCUCAUCGACACAGGCUCUGCAGUGUCAAUAAUUGGGGAAGGUCACUUUCGAAACCUUUUUCAAGAUAAAGUACAACUCAGGACCCCCAGCAUUAAUCUGUUUGACUUUUCACGCAAGAAGAUCCCUCUGCUUGGCCUGUUUGAAGCAACACUGUCGUACAAGGCACGAACAGCCGUCGUACCGCUUUACGUAACGCGCAGUGGGACCUCCCUUUUGGGAUUAGAUGCUGUGCAAGCCCUAAAUUUUCAAAUUUUAGGGAAGGAGCUACGUUGCCUGCACACGGUCGUUCAGCAAACGUCCGCCUCCGCAACCUCAACGUUGCCUGCAACGAGCUCAGACGCACAAGGGCGCAUUCCACCGCAAGGCGCUAUCGUAGAGCAACCGCAGAGUGAGCCAAAGUUUGGCAUGCCUGCAUUGCUGUGGGCCAGGUUUUCUCACCUGUUUACCCCAGGUUUGGGCCUUGUCAGAGGUUUUCAGCACAAGGUGAAGAUGAGACAGGCAGUCUCCCCAGUCGCCCAAAAGUUGAGGCGCCUCCCAUUCUCAGUACGCCAACCAGUAAGCGACCAACUACAGACCCUGCUCUCUGCCGACAUCAUCGAAAGGAUCGAUGCCUCCGAACGGGUUUCUCCCAUCGUCGCAGUCCAGAAGGAAGAUGGAAGCAUCCGUCUUUGUGUUGACCUAAGGGAGCCAAACAAAGCCAUUGUGGUCGACAACUUGCCGCUGCCUCACACUGAGGAACUGCUGCAUGCUUUAAACGGAGCCCGCCACUUCUCAAAGCUAGACCUCGCCUCUGCGUACCAACAAGUCCCGCUGCACCCGGACAGCGGGGAUCUCACAGCGUUUGUUACGCACGAGGGUCUUUUUCGGUUUAAAAGAGUCUGCUUUGGAUUGGCGUCAGCCUCAGCAGCCUUUCAGCAGCUUAUGACAAGAAUCCUGCAAGGCUGUCAUGGUGUUCUUUGUUACAUAGACGACAUCAUCGUCUUCGGGAAGACUGAGAAAGAACAUGCGAAGAACCUGGAAGAAGUUCUGCAUCGCAUUGCGAAAGCAGGUCUGAAACUUAACGAAAAAUGUGUUUUCAAUGCAACAGAACUCUCUUUCCUUGGACAUCGCGUCAGUGCGGAAGGCAUAGCACCCCUUCAAGCCAAAGUCGAUGCAAUCGUCCACGCCCCCACACCAGCAGAACCCGGCACACUCCGUUCAUUCUUAGGACUUGUCGAAUACUACGCAAAGUUCAUUCCUAGGCUAGCCGAGGAAGUCGAGCCUAUGCGUCGACUGCUGCGCAAAGACAUACCUUUUGAGUGGGACACAGCUGCCCUAGCAAGUUUUGAGAUAGUGAAGACUCUUCUGGCCUCCCACAAGGUGUUGCACAUGUUUGACCCAGCUCUUCCAGUGACUGUCGCAACUGAUGCUUCUGCAUACGGGCUAGGUGCCGUUUUGCAGCAAGUGGACGGUCAGAAAACCCUGACCAUUGCGUUUGCUUCGCGCACUCUAACCCAUGCAGAAAAAAAAUACUCCGCCAGCAAACGUGAAGCAUUGGCUUGCGUGUGGGCAUGCGAAAAGUGGCAUGUUUAUUUGUGGGGACGGCCUUUCACUCUUCAGACGGAUCACCAGGCAUUGGUAGCGUUGAGGUCUAACAAUGGAACAGGGCGACGUCCCUUUCGCAUUGCAAGGUGGGCUGAGCGACUUCUACGCUACAACUACACCGUCGAAUACCGCAAGGGCUCGGAGAACAAGGUAGCAGACGCGCUGUCACAUCUUCCAGCGGAAGGUAAGCCGGAAUGCACACCUCAACCUAAAGACGACUCUACAGAAGUUGUGUUCCUAGUCGAGCCGCUGUGCAUCGCUAAGGACCAGUUCGGGCAGUCCACCAGUGACGACGCCACUCUGGCAAAAGUCAAGGAAUACGUUACUUCGUCAUGGCCUCCGCACAAGCUCGUCCCAAGCCAUCUGCUGCCGUACUUCAUGCUACGCAACGAGUUGUCAGUGGUAAACAACUUACUUCUUCGUGGGGAGCGACUUGUAGUUCCACAGUCCCUUGCGCAUCAGGUAAUCUCCACAGCGCAUGAAGCUCAUCCCGGCAUCGUCAGGACGAAAGCGUGA